UUCAGCUCUUGGCCAUUUUUCUUUUCCUGCCUGAAUUAAUUUUUUCUCUUGCAUAUUUCUGCAAUUUCGAUUUCUUUUCUUGGAUCUAGUCUCUCCGGCGACAUCAAGGGCUGAGAAUGGAAGCUCAUGGCAGUGGAUUCCGCCGCGUGUUCGUGCUCGCCUUUUGCGUCGCCGGGAUUUGGUCCGCUUAUAUUUACCAAGGCGUUCUUCAGGAGACUCUGUCCACUAAACGCUUUGGUUCCGACGGAAAGAGAUUUGAACACCUUUCCUUCCUUAACCUGGCACAAAAUGUUGUCUGUUUAAUAUGGUCAUACAUAAUGAUAAAGCUCUGGUCCAGUCGUAUCACUGGUGGUGCACCUUGGUGGACAUACUGGAGUGCUGGUAUUACGAAUACUAUUGGACCAGCUAUGGGAAUUGAAGCUUUGAAGUAUAUAAGCUAUCCUGCCCAGGUCCUGGCAAAGUCAUCAAAAAUGAUUCCAGUGAUGCUGAUGGGUACGCUAGUUUAUGGUAUUAAAUACACAUUUCCAGAAUAUAUGUGUACCUUUCUGGUUGCUGGAGGAGUAUCUACAUUUGCUCUCUUAAAGACUAGCUCAAAGACUAUCAGCAAGUUGGCACAUCCUAAUGCACCCCUUGGCUAUGGGCUUUGCUUCUUGAACCUUGCAUUUGAUGGUUUCACGAAUGCCACUCAGGAUUCCAUUUCAGCAAGGUACCCAAAAACAAGUGCAUGGGACAUAAUGUUGGGAAUGAAUCUCUGGGGUACUAUAUAUAAUGUGAUCUAUAUGUUUGGGUGGCCGCAUGGUACUGGAUAUCAUGCCAUAGAAUUCUGCAGACAGCAUCCUGAAGCAGCUUGGGACAUUCUUCUGUAUUGUCUCUGUGGAGCAGUUGGCCAAAAUUUUAUCUUCCUAACAAUCAGCCGAUUCGGUUCCCUUGCUAAUACCACCAUUACCACAACUCGCAAGUUUGUCAGCAUUGUGGUGUCCUCUGUGCUCAGUGGAAACCCUCUGUCGUCGAAGCAGUGGGGCUGCGUUGUAAUGGUCUUCUCAGGGUUAUCAUAUCAAAUUUACCUCAAGUGGAGGAAGCUGCAAAAGUUGCAGAGAAAGAGAAAGACCACCUAAGUAGGAAAUCAAUUGUAACCAAAGGUUCAAUGGUCCUUGAAUUAGAGGGUAUCUGGAAUAUUCAUGGAUGUAGAUUUAUAGAGUGCUUUAGAAGUAUAAACCAAGUUUUGACUCUGCCUUUUCUUUAAUUUUCUGUAAUCAGGCUGUCGGGAGCGAGGGACCAGUGGAAGUUCCCUCCAUGAAGAUGUAUCUGAUUUUCAUUUUUUUUUGGAACUUAAACAGCUAGCUGGUGAGGAUAUACAUACGAAUGAUAUAUGGAGUAGUGUGUCUUGAUGGAUCUACACUUUAAUCUACAAAGUCAAUGUAGAAAGAAACUUCAUCCAGAUGUUAUGUUGCU